CCCUGAAACUCACACCGGCCACCAGAAGAUCCGUAUCUGUGUCCCAGAAUAGCACGUCUCUCCGUCCUCUUCUUUCAGGGAACGGGAAACUGCAGCAUUUCCUUUUUUUCCCCCAAAUUCCGCUCCGCCAUGAAGGCUGGCAUCGCGGGGCUGGCCGCGGGCAUCCUGGGCGGCACUGGCGUGCUGCUCUUCCUCGUGGCCUUCGGGACGGAUUACUGGCUGCUGGCUUCGGACACCUGCGGGAUGGUCCCCGAUGGAAACAGCACGCUCCAGCCCGGCGAGGCUGAAAUGCUGACCGAGGCCGGGAAGGAGAUCCUCACUUUCCACCACGAGGGCUUCUUCUGGCGGUGCUGGUUCUUCGGCGAGGGCCAGCCGGAGACCAUCUGGACCUUCUGGUACACCAGCCAAGCACACCCCAAGCACUGCAUGCACGGCUACCUGUUCCCAAUGCCCGUCACUCUGGGACCUUUUCCCCAUCCCUCCUACGACACGACGGCAGUGUACAGAGGCUUCUGGACAGCGUUCAUCAUGCUGGCUGUGGCUGGCGGCCUGGUGGGAGGCCUGCUGCUGGUGUGUGGUGUUCCCUUCGUCAGCGCCAGGUCCUACAAAGUCGGCGGUGGGUUCCUGCUGGCCUCGGGAGGCUUAUUUCUCCUGCUCAUUUUCCUCUUCGUGAUGUGGAAGGAGUUUGUGGCUGAUUUUCAGAAGUACAUCCUCCUGGAGAGGAGUGAAAACUGCCUGGAGGAAACGCCUGUGCGCGUGUACUACGGCUGGUCCUUCAUGUUCGCUGCCGCAGGGGUGCCCCUGGUGCUGCUCUCCGGACUCCUCUUCUUUCUCGUCGGCAGAGACAUUAUGAAAUCCCUGGAGUAAGAAAAUGGGUGAUGCUGGGCAAGCCUCAGAGAAAGCUGGUGAUACCCCUUGUAAUGAAAUGUACACAAGUUUUGAGGACUCGGUCAUUUUUGUAGCUCUAAUUGUCGGCGUAGGUGCAUGAUUAAAGUCACUGGUGCGUGGAGGCAGGGGUGGAGCACUGAGCACGCAGAUGCUCUCAGUCCUAAACCACUAUUACGCUCUGGAGAAAUGUAGACAUAUCCAUGGACUGUGCAGCACUUUUAGGUCAGAGGAACAGCCUUCGCUGUGCUAGGCAGCUACCACGACCCAUCCGUAUUCAGCAGAGCCGGAGGUUUACGGUGUUCCCAGCAUCCUUGUUUCUUGUAAGAGGUAAUCGAAUCUGGCUGUGAGGGUGUACACUCUAAUGUCUAUUUCUGAAAAAGCAAUUAAGGACGAUUUUUUUUUUAGCUGGCUCUAAUUGACAUCAAAGGACAACCGUUUUAAUGGAAUGUCAGGAAACAUGAGAAAGUUUUUCGUUAAAAGCCCUGAUUCUGAAGAUACAAAUGUAACUGGGCCUAACCUAACUUGCAAUAAGUGACUAAAGCAAUUUCUGUGGCAUCACAAAAUGUAUUAAUUAGUCUUUCUUUACAGCACCAUGCUACUGUGCAUUUAAUAUUUUCCUGGACAUAGGGUUGUGGGCAUUCACAAUUCCAAAAACUGAAAGAUGGACUUGGGGGAAAGGGAAUGGGAACAAUAAUACUAUGAUUUUUGUUUGUUUGUUAUGGUAGAACCUGUCAGCCGGCAUAGAACAAGUCAGUUCCAAAUAUACAAUUUAUAUAUAUUAAAAUUCUUGCAAUUGCUCAAGUGUACGUUGUCUGACAGGUUACAGUAGUCCCACUAAGAGUAAUGCAUGCUAAUUCUAUACAAAACCAUCUAGGUAAGGAAGGUGAAGUCAUUUAUUCUGUGUAUGUGGAGGUUUGUAGAGACACUCAAUGAAUGUCAAAGAUUUGAUCUUGCUGUGUUUUUCAGGCUGGAUCUUGCUGCUUUGAAGUAGUUUGUUGGGCCCUUGCUUGCUGAACUCAUCUGCAUAAAUUGUAAAUAAAACUUGCUAGAAAUAUAUGCUUUUCUCAUGGA